CCUGCCUCGGGAGGAAGGAGCGGCGGUUGAAGUUGCGCGUCGGGGUCUGCGCUGGCCCGAGGCAGCGGCGGCGCCGCCCGGGAGGAUGCGGCGGUUUCAGAGAGCAACUGGUAACAUGGAUUGCACCUCGGAAGGGGACAGAUGAACUCUCCCUCUGGCUUUAGUAAGGAAAGAGCAGCGAUGAAAUCCGUGGACUGUGUGCACGUCAUCCAACAGAAGGAUACCGCCUCCUCUCCCUCUGCCCCCCCUGGUGCUGUUUCAGGCGCCACGGGACUUUUUUCUGUCACAUUCCUGUGGCUUGCAAUGCUCCUGUCCUCUUGUCUUGCAGCAGUGUCUCUUUACCAUGUUAUCAUCCUGAAAACAGAACUAGAAGCUCUGCGCAGCGAGCUGAUCUACAGCGCCCAGGCAAGGUCUCCGCUAGACCAGCCACUUGUGUCCCGUGGUGAAAAUAAAGCAGGUACCCCUGUUUCUUCCUUCCUGCAAGCGUCUGCAGCUGGCUCCAGGCAGGAGAGCAGGCUUGCUGGUACUGGCCCAGCUGAGAGCUUCCAAAAGGAAAUCUGGAACGGGAAUAGAAACAGGGGCAGGCGGUCUGUCGCCAACACAGAAGAAAAAGUGCUGCAGGCCUGCUUGCAACUGAUUGCUGACAGCAAAAGUGAUAUCCAACAGAAAGAUGAUUCAAGCAUUGUCCCUUGGCUCCUGAGCUUUAAACGUGGAACAGCUCUGGAAGAACAAGGAAAUAAAAUAGUGAUCAAAGAAACUGGUUAUUUUUUCAUAUAUGGCCAGGUUUUAUAUACAGAUACCACAUUUGCUAUGGGACACCUAAUACAGAGGAAGAAGGCUCAUGUGUUUGGUGAUGAUCUCAGCUUGGUGACAUUGUUUCGCUGCAUCCAAAAUAUGCCACAGUCUUAUCCAAAUAAUUCUUGCUAUACUGCUGGCAUUGCAAAAUUAGAAGAAGGUGAUGAACUUCAACUUACAAUACCACGGAGAAGGGCUAAAAUAUCCUUGGAUGGAGAUGGUACUUUUUUUGGUGCAGUAAGACUCCUCUGAAGCCCUUCAUUUCUGUUAUUAUGCUUAAUGCCAUUUUUUUCUCUGCCUAUACCUUCAUCAGAAAAAAAUAUUGAAUUGCAAUAAAGCUUCCAAUUCAGCCUCUCCCAGUUCACCACAGGCUUCAAAGAAUUUUCUUCGCUUUGAUAUGCAAACCCAAAACAGGAAACAUACCAGAUGUGCUUGUGAUAUAAUCACCAUGUGAUUACCAGAAAGCAAAUUUAUUUUAGACAAUGGGAGACUCUAUAAAGCAACUAUAAAGCAAUGAGAUUUUGGCUUUGAAAAAAUUUGUUGUCCAUAUGAUAAAUCAAAGAAGGAAUUGACCAAAAAUAACAGCAUGACCAGGACAAAGACUAUCAAAUAGUUAUCAAUUGAAAAGAAAAUCUAAAAUAAAAGUGUAUUUUAGAUUUGCAUUGUUUAAUCAAUAAAGUAUUUAAUAUAUAAAGUGUGGGGAAAAAACAUCAAUCAUUAGAUUCCUCACCACAAAAUUAAAUUGUUAAGUGGGUUCUGAGUUUUGGGGUUUUUUUCUUUUCCCAAAGAUACUGAGGAAGGAAAAAUUCUAAAUGUCUGGGAGAAUGAAAACAAAUAUGAAGAGCAACAGCCACUAUCUUGCUUCUUCCCUGUGAACAAAAAGUGAAUAAAUUACUAAAAUCUAUUAGCUAUUCUAAAUCUAUUUGCUAAUUAGAAUUAAUUUUACUGGAAAGAAGAUAUGUAAAAUGCUUUAACAGCUCAAUAUUCAAAGCACUGCUACUCAUCAAGGAAUAUGUGUACACUUCUGUGUAAACAAGGCUGGCACAGGAAGAAACACAGUGCAAUUAGACACAAUACCAUGGUUGGAAUUGGAUUCUGGCUCCAUGAUUUCUGCUGCCGUAUAUAGAUGUGUGUAUAUAUAUAUAUAUAUAUAUACACUAUAUAGACAUAUCUGUAUAUAUUUGAAACUAUGUAUACACACAUAAGCCUUGGGCAUUUGGGCAUAGAAUUUUAUCUGCUUUUGAGCAGUUUAUCCAAUGGAAAUACUCCUUCAUACAUAUUUUUUUAUAUUUCCCUUACUUCUUGCUAUGAUCCACUCUAUGCAAAAUAAUAAAAAGAAAAAUCCAAUAGAUCUGAAACCAGCCAUGCAGCUAAGAAAAUCAACUUGUAUCUCAGAGGCUUUUUCUGCAGUUUUGGCUAUAGUGCUGAACUCUGUUUUACAAAAGUAUUCAGAUCUGUAGAAAGAAUAAACAGAUAUUAUUUUUC